AACAUCGCGCCGUUUAUGAAGGGAUUCUAUCUGCGGCGUGCAAAAAGAGAACCUCAAGUUACUACUUACUAUCCAGAGGUACGCAUUGUGAGCAAACCAUUAUCCUCAUUCAUGUUCCUUAUUGGUAGACAACAUAUUCAUUGGGGAUUUCUUUUUAAGUUUACACGAAGGAGCUUAGUGGAAUCGGCUCAUUUACGCACAGAGUUACGCACAGAGGAUAUACCUACCUCACAGCCACCCCCAGAUUUAAAACUACAUCCCAUUUCAACUACAGCUACAACAAAUCCUACAACAAGUACUACAACACAACGCAAUCCAACGACCACCACAAUCACAAUCUUUUUCAUUUACUUAUCGUUUGUACCGAAUCACAGACUUUAUUUUAACGACAGAUACCAUUUUCCAUUAUCAUUGGCCUUUUCAAUAUUUACACUAUUCUCUUCUUUCCUGAAUACCAUCUUUUUCAAUACCUCCAUACGUCCCAUUCCUCCAUCCAAUUCCAAAUUCCAAAUUCACCCAACGGUACAUACAACCGGGAGGCCUGCAAAUAAUCAAUCAUUUACUGGCCAAAAAGGAAUAAGUCCCUACACCAUCUUUCAUUUAUUGGUCUGCAGAAACGAGAAACCGUAAAGGAUCGGGUCGGCUAAAGCUUCAACGGCCGAAGGUUGUAACGACUGAAAAAGGCUUGGGUGGAUUUAUCGUUGCAUCGCUGCAUCAAGAACUGCAAGUCCCCCAGUAAAGGAUCCGCCAGCCUUUGAUUCAUUGGAAAGCCCGUAAGUCGAAAACAUAUACCCAUCGUACCUUUGCCACGAACAAAUCACUCUUCAAACCGGGAACGAAUGGAUUAUUGAACCAUUUCUAGCAUGUACAAUCCUUCGUAGGAAGUUAUUCUCAAAUAUUUCAGCCUCGUUCUUCUUUAAUCAUGCGGGACAAAUCAACAAUCAAGCAGGAGCAAUCGCCUAACAUGUCUGCGCCGACGUCAUCUAAUAGCGCUGAGUCAAAUGGUGGCAUGAAUGGUGGGGAGACGGGUAAGUAAAAAUCACAAUAUCAAAUACAAUUCGGACAUAAAGCUCCUGUUCAAUCGAUGAUAUGGUUACCGUCUGGGACUAGAGAAACUUGUAUCUGACUUUUACAUUAGUCACAGCAUCGACGACAUCAGCAACACCGACUGCUACCACACCUCCCGACGCUUUUCCACUCAAAACCGACAAACCUAAACCUCAUGGUUGCACUACGUGUGGAAGACAUUUUGCACGUCUGGAGCAUUUGAAACGGCACGAAAGAUCACACACCAAAGAGAAGCCAUUCGAAUGCUCCGAAUGCAAGAGAUGCUUUGCGCGGCGGGAUCUUUUGUUAAGACACCAGCAGAAGCUGCACUCCAAUCUAACCCCUUCUGCGAAGCCAAGAAAUCGUCGAAACAGUAGUAUGAGUAAUGCAUCCGUAGCUGUUGGACCGAACCCAAACAGGGUACGAAAACACUCCAUCGCCAAUCCGUCAGGGCCGAGACCAAGAGCAAACACAAUUCCCAAUUCUGAAAGCCCCUAUGUGCAAAUGGCAAUGCAUCAAAUGCUAAGUGAACCUCACCCGGCCAGGGAUCAGAACCAUACAAUUCAUCCAAAUCAUGGCCAUAGUCGUCACGCCAGUCUCGUGGGCCUGCCAAUGCACAACUCGGAAUUUGGUGGAAUGCGCGGCGGGAUGGGUCCGAUGAGUGGGAUGUCCGCCGUGAUGGAUCAGCGCAAUAUGCCUCAUGGAUUGCCCAAAAUCGAAACGCAACACGUGGUUUCUAAUGGCUUGCGAACUGCGCCGGUCGCUGGAAAUUUUCCAAAUUACGAAUUCAAUCAUUUUUCUCCCGGUUUUUCAUUUCAAAAUGGAAAUACUCCUAGCCCGACGAUAGAUCCUAGUGCCUUGUUCAAUCACUCACCGCAAUCCAUGAGCAUUGGGCCAAAUGAUACAUCCAAUUUCGAUUUUCCAACUUACUCCGGCAACUCGGUUAUGGAUGACCCUUUUGGCUGGAAUGGAACGAUGAACCCCUUUAACCAAACCAUGACUUUUGAUGAGAAUGUCAUAAUGGACGGCUCUUCUCCAUCUGCCAUUAGCACUGCCAGCCAAAGUGGAAUCAGUGAUGGAGUCAUGCUGGAUGGAUCCAAUAAUACGGCUGUGAGCUCUGCUCCUAUGUGGCAUCCCGUCACGGAAGCACCUCUAAUGACUCCAAACUUUUUGGACCCCGGCAAUCAGAAUUUCGCAAAUUUCUCCAACGGAAACCCUAUGUCACCACACACUCUACCACAAAACCAUGCGAAUUUUUCGAAUGGAAAUCCUAUAUCACCACACACUCUACCGCAGAAUCAUCUACCAUAUUUCCGCACUCCGCCACCCCUAAGUUCUAUGGACCAUUCUGCAAUGCCCGGGAUGAACAACACACAAGGUUUCCAACCCCCCAUGACUCUUGGCCCUGAGACCCCAAAUUCCACGACCGACAGUAUUCACGGAAGCUUACCUUUGUCUACAGUUACGGACUCAACCCGUUCGGCUCUAGCGAAUGCCCUGUCCCACAACACAGCCUUUGGCGGACGAAAAUAUUCCUUCCCUUCUGCACACUCACCAUCCUCCCAGUCUCCUCGGCCACCAAUUCGAGCAUGUAGUGUUAGCGAAGGCGUUAGAUUUCUUCCUAGCACAUCCGAUCUCAGAAAAUAUAUCGGCGCUUAUAUACAGUACUUUCAUCCACACUUACCAUUUUUGCAUAUUCCCACUCUUAACUUCGAUUUCUCGAAUUGUACAAACGAUGGACGAGGCGCUGGUACCUCCGUCGAAGGGCCUGGAUGUCUCACACUUUCAAUGGCUGCUAUUGGUGCACUAUAUGUAGGAGAUCAUCUACAAUCGAAAGCGCUAUUUGAAUCUGCCAAGAAAAUGCUACAACUCUAUAUAGAAAUCCGUCGUAAAGCCGAUGUCCGCCGAGCGGACCACCGUUCGAGAGCUUCAGAGGCUUCUACUCACACACCAGUAUUUCUUGCACAGGCUAUGCUGUUGAACAUUAUCUACGGUUUCAAUUCCGGGGAUAAGGUAGCAGGCGAAAAUGCCCUGAUUCACUGUGCGACUUUGGUCAGCCUUGCUAAUGCGGUCAUCAAGCCGCCGCCUCCUGAUAAUGGAUCAUCACAGCAGGAUGUACGGAUGACUGAUGAUGAUGCGAUGAAUGGCUUCAUCAAAACCGAGACUCCGGACGAUCAACAGGAGUGGCUUCAUUGGAAAACUGCGGAGGAGAGGAAACGGACUUUAUACGCAAUCUUCAUACUAUCCAGCAUGCUUGUGUCCGCCAUCAAUCAUGUACCGUUCUUGACUAAUUCUGAGAUUGAAUCGGGUCUACCAUGUGACGAAGAAUUCUGGUCAGCCGAGUCUGCUACUAGCUUCUAUGCUAUGGGUGGCGUGAAAAUGGCGAAUCAUAACCAGACGACGUUCAAGGCUGCUUUAAGCGAGCUCCUGCAGGCCGGCGAUAAACAACAAUACCAGCAGGCGCAAGCUCAACAUUUUGGGAAUGGGCACAAUGCCCAGGAUUUUCCCCAGAGUGAUUUGCUGCCAAGCACUUUUGGAUGCUUGGUUCUGAUCAAUGCACUGCAUAACUACAUUGUAAGUCUAUCUAAGCUCUCGCGCCAGGUUUCCCAUGUUUUGAUAGCUUUUCUUCUUUAUCUUUAGUAGUAGGAAAUACUGACUCGAGGAUAGUGGGAGACCCGACAGAGGCACGCCGAACAGGAGUGGACGAAUGAGGAGACCGAAAGAAUGUAUCGUCACAUUGAACCUGCCUUGAAAGCAUGGCAAUCAGCAUGGCAACGCACUCCUGGGCACAGUGUGAAACGUCCAAACCCAUUUGGGCUAGGACCUUUAUCAGCCGACAGUGUUCCUCUCCUUGACUUAGCAUAUGUUCGCUUGUUUGUAGACAUGUCAACUUCAAAGGAAAUGUUCUGGAAACGUAAUUUCGAUGACAUGGCAAAUGAACUUGCCCAUGGAAAGGAGAUGAUGCAUCAUGCAGAACGAUCUCCUAACUCCAAUGCCGAUUCCACGGAAUUUUCAAGCGGGUCAACUGCAAGCUCUGUGUUCGUCGAUUCUCCUACAACAUCAAAUUCUCCUUCUGACUUUCAAUCUUCCAGAGCUUUUCAGUACCCCCCACAAAAAUCAGAGGGGCCUUCCAAGCGUGAACGCCAUUUCAGAAAAGCAGCUUAUUAUGCCGCUGAUUUUCUUUCAAUGUCAAGUAAAUUUGGUAUUACUUUUGCCGACUUCACAUCCCGGGAACUCCCUUUACAGGCUGCCAUGUGCGCAUUCGAUUGUGCGCAAGUAGUAGCUGAAUGGGUAACUCUGGUGCAGGAACGCCUCGGACGUUACAUUGGAAUUCUAGGUCAUAGCGACGUUGAUUUUAGCAGCGUGCCUGCUAUCAUGUAUCUGGAAGAAGAAGAUGUCAAACUUUUGGAAAAGAUUAAAGAGGUCGUCCACAGCGCUGAAAUGAAGAUGCAACUUGAACAAACAAAUGCUCACAUGAAUGGUGUUCAGAGGUUCCCGGCGUUGGAUAAUUGUGGGUUUGGAAGCAGGAUCUUAAGAGUGACUGCUUUCCAGCUUGAUAGAGCUGCCGUUUGGCAAGGUAAUUCUUCUCUAUACUUGUUUCAUACCUUAAAUGCUAACUCUAGCCACAGUAACACAUCUUAUGGCACGAGCUUUAGAGACACAAGCUAUUCAUGUGCAAACGCGAGCAGAACGCUCUAGUCAACCAAAAGACCAUUUUUUGUGAUACGGAAAAUAAUAAAAAAUGAGGUUCGAUUACGCUUAUACAAAAAAAGCAAUUUCCUAAUAUUACCCCUUUGAUCUUUUUGUAAAAAACAAAUUGGACAAUAAGACUUGGUCAUGUCUUGUUGUCUUGAUUUCGCGGUACAUAUGGGUGGUAGGUUGCCUCUUUGACAUACAUUCAACCGAAAAAUGACGGCUUGUCUUCGUCCGCUCAAGCCUUCAUAGGAUAAUUUUUACGAAACGAUUUGAUUUUUAAUUCAAAACACAUAUUCCCUUUACGUAUUGUGUUUCUCGCGCAUGCUUGAUAAUACCAUGCUUUGGUUCUUUUCGACUCGACAGCACGUCUUCGUACGGCUAUACGGUUUCUUUCAUAUUUGAUUGCAUUUUUUUGGCGGGAUGGUUUUAGCUGGUUGGGUAUGGGGUUUGGGUGUUUAUGGAUGGAUUGUUGAUCGAAACUGCGUUUGUUUAAUGCAAUGUUGUUGAAUGAUGAAAUGCCUGAAUGAUGAUGAUGAGAAUGAGAGGAUGUUAAUUUUUUCUUUCCUUCAAUUCAUGAUACAUCUUGAGACAUUAAGUCUAGUUUCGGGAUGAAGGCGAUAUUUUCUGAUGGAGCAUGAGUGAUAAUAUUGAUGGAAGAUGGAUUGGGUUGAUGAGGAGAAAAAUAUGGAGAGAGACAAGGUAGAGAGGCAGAGGUGAAAUAUUCACGAAUGGAUAUAUCACAAGUUUUCGAAUGAAAAAAGGAUAGGACGGGUUGAACAGGAAUAUGAUAUUGAAUUGAACUGAACUGAUCUGAAGGAACGGCAAGGAAUUGAACUGACAGCAUUGAUAUUGGAACGGGAUGGAAUGGGGGUUAGGUUAUCGGAUGGUGAUUUGGCGGUAUCAAAUGUACCUAGGUACCUACCUAUCUACCCUUUUUAUUUUAUUUAAUUUAAGUGAAGUAGAUAAAGGGGGCAUUAACGAGAAAAUCAAAUGUGAAAAUUUAAUGAAUUAAAUAACA